AUGCAAUUACAAAACCUUCUACCACUAGCUAUGAUGCUAGUUAACAGUUUCAAUGUCGCCGAAGCUAAAGUUCAUACUGCCAAGCUUCACAAACGUGACUUAUCUGAAGGCGCUAGUGAAAUUAACUUCCAAAAUCAUAUUGCCCAAUUAGGUCACAAGUACCUAACUACUUUCGAAAGAGCUUACCCGGAAGUCUCAUUCUCCAGAGAACUUCCAUUUUUUACUGAAGGUUCAGGUCAUAACGUUCCUUUGGCUAACUAUAUGAAUGCUCAAUAUUAUGCCGAUAUUACCAUUGGUACUCCUCCGCAAAGCUUUAAGGUUGUUUUAGAUACUGGUUCUUCCAACUUAUGGGUACCAAGUUCUGAAUGUAACUCUAUUGCUUGUUUCUUACACUCCAAGUAUGAUCAUUCUGUAUCUUCUACUUAUAAGAAGAAUGGUACUGAUUUUGCUAUUAGAUACGGUUCUGGUUCUUUAGAAGGUUAUGUCUCCCAAGAUUUAAUUACUAUUGGUGAUUUAACUAUUCCAAAACAAGAUUUUGCUGAAGCUACCAACGAACCAGGUCUAGCCUUUGCAUUCGGUAAAUUUGAUGGUAUUUUAGGUCUUGCUUAUGAUUCUAUUUCCGUUAAUAAGAUGGUUCCACCAUUUUACAAUGCUAUUAAUCAAAAUAUUGUUGAUGAAGGUAGAUUCGCUUUCUAUUUAGGUGACAGUACUGAUGAAAAUGCUGAGGGUGGUGAAGCCACUUUCGGUGGUAUUGACAAGAGUAAGUUUACUGGUGAUAUUACUUGGUUACCGGUUCGUCGUAAGGCUUAUUGGGAAGUUAAGUUUGAUGCCAUUGGCCUAGGUGAAGAAUUCGCUAAACUAGAAAACCAUGGUGCUGCGAUUGAUACUGGUACUUCUUUAAUUACUUUACCAUCUGAUCUUGCUGAAAUUAUCAAUGCUCAAAUAGGUGCUAAGAAGGGUUGGACUGGUCAAUACACUGUCGACUGUAACACAAGAGGUAGUUUACCAAAUUUGAGUUUCAAGUUCAAUGGUAAAGUUUUCACCAUUUCUCCAUUUGAUUACACACUAGAAGUGUCCGGUUCUUGUAUUUCUGCUAUUACUCCAAUGGACUUCCCAGAGCCAGUUGGUCCUUUAGCUAUUAUCGGUGAUGCAUUCUUACGUAGAUACUACUCUAUUUACGAUGUUGAAAACAAUGCUGUUGGUUUAGCUAAUGCAGUAUAA